AAUAAAUUAAGUUAACGAAAAGCUUUACGUGCUGUAGACAACACAUGCACAUUUUCAUAUAAGUGGUGUGAAAAUAGCGGUAAUUUCAAGUAUUUAAGACAAAUAUGACAGUAUCGAAAAAUACAAACUAACCUUGAUUUGAUAAGGUUCGCGUGGAAAUAGGUUGAAUAUAGAUUUGAUGUAAAAUUAAUUUCUGCCGAAUAAAUAGAUACAAGAGUUUUUUUAUACGAAAUAAUGUUACAACCGGUGAUGCAUGUGUUAAAACAAAAAAAUAUAAUAUUGGCGAGUGGGUCACCUAGAAGAAAAGAGUUAAUUGAAAAUAUUGGUUUGAAAGUUGUUCUUUGCCCAUCACUCUUUGAGGAAAAUCUCGAUCCAAAAAACUUUAAGAAUUUUUCAGAAUUCGUUGAGGAAACAGCUCUGCAGAAAGUUCUAGAAGUAGAUAACCGAUUAAAGUUGCAGGGUAGUCCUCCAGAUGUUGUUAUUGGUGCUGAUACAAUGGUUACUCUCGAUGGAACUAUGUUUGGCAAACCCACAUCAGAAGAAGAAGCUUUUGACAUGCUGAACAGACUGUCAGGAAGAAGUCAUACUGUGUACACUGGUGUUGUGCUCAAGGCAAUGGACAAAACAGUUAAAUUCACAGAAAAAACAGAUGUUACUUUUGGAAAAUUGGAUGAAGAACAAAUUAAGGGAUACAUAGCCACUGGGGAACCUAUGGAUAAAGCCGGAGGCUAUGGUAUACAAGGAGUGGGGGGCACAUUUGUUGAGAGGGUCGAAGGUGAUUAUUUCACUGUGGUUGGUUUGCCGCUAUAUAGGCUGUGUUCAGUACUCUAUGACAUGUUUAAAGAAACUAAAUAAGUGACUAUCAAUAGCUCUUAGGAUGAAUUAUGUACUAAUUGAUAAUGAUUUAUAUAAAAUAUUGUUGCUUUUAUAGUAUUUUAAUAUGAGUUUUAAUCAUUUUUAAAAUAGCAGAUUAUGCGGGUAUUUAUAUAACAUGUGUAAGAACAUAAUUAUUUUGUUUUUAACU